CCGUUUUCGACUGGGCUUCCGAAUUGAAGCGCUUUCCAAAGCUACCCUAUCAGCGUGGCGGGCGGGCGCGCGAAAGAGGCAGCGAGAGUGAUGGGGAGAUGGAGGGCUUGGUCUCAGUUCAGGCAGCUAAAAGCAUCGUCGCGGCGGUCUUCCUCUCCAUCUCCUCGACCUAUUUCGGCUUCUCUCGAUCUUCUUCCUCGCCUCCAAACACAUGGUUUCUCCUCACGUCUUCUUAGAUUAUUCUCCACAAUUUCCGCUGUCUCCGAUUCUUAUGACGGGGGUUUUGGCGUCGGGCAUCACGAGCACAUACAGAAGAGUGAGUGGGACUCUCACGAAGAUGAGGGCACCUCCAGAUAUAUUCCGGUGAAGGCUUAUUUUCUAAGCACCAGUAUUGAUUUGAAGAGCAUGCAGACUGAAAAUGCGUGCUAUGUGAUUCCUCCAUCUUCUCGUUCAUCAAACUAUGUUGCGCUGCGCUACUCAGAUUACCCUCUAGACAUUGGCAUCAAUGAAAAUGGUGAUAAUUGCCGCUAUAUUGUAGUUUUCCAAUACGGAUCAGCUGUCUUGUUCAAUAUUGCAGAUCAUGAAGCUGAACAUUAUCUUGAUAUAGUUAGGAAGCAUGCUCAUGGAUUGCUUCCUGAGAUGAGAAAGGAUGAUUACGCUGUUGUUGAGAAACCACAGCUGACAUCCUGGAUGCAUGGAGGUGCAGAUUAUAUAGCAUUGAAAAGUUUGGACAUGGAUGGCAUACGCAUAAUUUGUAAUGUACUUGGACAAAGUAUUGCUCUCGAUCAUUACAUAGAACAGGUUGAUGAUAUGGUUGAAGAAUUUACAGACAUCAAUCGUGGUAUGGAAAAGACUGGAACCUUUACCAUGAAAAGAAAGAAGCUUUUUCAACUGGUGGGAAAAGCAAACUCAAACUUAGCUGAUGUAAUUAUAAAGCUUGGUUUAUUUGAUAGAUCUGAGAUUGCUUGGAAGAAUUCGAACUAUGCCCUGAUAUUGGAGUACCUUCGUGAAGAGUAUGAACUCGCUCAACGUUUUGGGAGCCUUAACUUCAAACUAAAAUUUGUGGAGCACAACAUACAUUUCCUUCAGGAAGUUCUUCAAAAUAAAAAAUCUGAUCUUCUGGAAUGGGUGAUUAUCAUACUGUUACUCAUAGAAAACAUAAUCUCAAUGUAUGAGAUUCUAAAAACCUCAACGGUAGUUCCUCCUUGAGCUCUUAUUGCCAUUUUGAUCAAAAAAUUUUUUUUAUGGCAUGCAAAGGUUCUGUUUUC